AUGGCAAGAAAAUCCCACAGUCCAACUCCUCCACACCCAGGUAAUGACGAUGACGUAGUAGAUGACUGUCAUCAAGAAUCUCCAAGAGGAAAUACUCCUCCUCGGUCUCCUACUCCAACCGAAUCUCCUUCGCAUAAACAUCCAACCCCACCUCCCUCACCGGAACCAAAAGUUACAGUUUCGGUUGUUCUUACAUCAAACUCUAUUUCAAUACCACCAGUUACUUAUGUUUCCAUUCCUUUAACCACUUUCACUACUACACCACCUGUGUCUUCCACACCAGUUUUUUCUACACCUAUUUCAAUAAUACCUUUACCUCCUAUCAUUAACCAAACCCCCACCCCUACCCUUCUUGAACCGACAGUGGUCGUCAACGUAUCUGAUACGGGGGCAACUACUGACACUCAACCUCCUAUCAUCACUAAACCACUUUCACCACCCAACUCAACUGGUUCCGAUGCUACUAUAGGAGGAGACAAUGAUGAGUAUGACUUUACAUACUUUAGUCCCUAUCGGCUUCAAUCUGAUGAAGGAAAUGACGCUCCUGUCAACCGCCAACACUUGCAGGGCAUUCAUGAAAAGUUGGAUCAGUAA